AUGAAGUACAAAAGCGAUACAAAACGGGCAAACGGUCCACAAAGAGCGCGUCCCCAUGCAUCUUCUCCUCCUCGUAUUCAGCGUUGUGCUGAAGGAUGUGACAAGCGUUCCGUGCAAACCGGGAACACCAGCUGGUCCGAUUUCGACCCCAGCUGAAAUUACAAGUGCAUCUACUACGGUAGAGGUGACUACGAGCGCUGUGACCACUACCACUACCCCGACAACAACUAGUACGACUCCUACAACUACUACUACUUUAACUACUACUACUCCAACUACCACAACCACCCCAACCACUACAACUACGACUUCUACAACAACUACUACUCCAACUACCACAACUACGACUCCUACAACUACUACUCCAACUACUACAACUUUAACUACCACACCUACUACGACCCCAACCACUACAACAACUACCACUACCCCGACAACAACUAGUACGACUCCUGCAACUACUACCACCACCCCAACCACCACAACUACGACUCCAACUACCACAACUCCAACAACAACGACUUCUACCACAACCACUACAACAACGACCCCAACCACUACAACUGUUGGUGAGUAACAUUAGUUGGGGGUCUUGACGUUUUGCAACCGGACGCUUCUGGAUACCCACUUGAACUAGUUCACGUUAGUUGUGGAACGUCGAGGUCCUUUAAUUAUGAGUACUAGCUAGAUAGAUAGCAAAAUUGAGAUAAAAAACUUGGAGAAGUAGUAGAAAGACACGAUCCGAAUGGUUGAUGGGACCUGUCAUGUCACAAAUGUCCCGAACAAGCUUACCGCUAACGAAUUUCCGUUUUUGCAGGCUGUCAAUGCUCAGGCUUCGACUUAACAUCCUCUACGACGUUCCCUCGACGAGCAUCUUCAAUGUGUCGAAUGCGACAGCGUACCUGGUCAGCAAAGGUCCAUUCACGAACACUGUCAAUUGGCUCACACCGUGCGAGAUGGACGUUCGCCCGAAUCUCGGAACUCUCACUUUACGCCGCUCUUCAGCUACUCGGCCGUUCAUUGGACUAAUGGAAGUGUGAGCGAUUUUUUUUCCGUUGCCUUUUGUUUACCCUGAAAAUUGUUGCACACUUUUCCAGAUUUACACACACUACUGGCCCGCGUUGAACUUCACAAUCCCGUUGAUUUGUGACACGUCGAAACAAAAGUUCACUUUGGAUGGAGUCGUCGUCGACGGCGGCCGCAUUUACACGUACUACUGGAAAUGA